AUGUUCCAUCUAAUAUGUUUAUUAAUAUUGCUGCCUUUAACGUCACCGAUGACAGUUCUAAUAUUCCUACUUGGUACAACGUCGUUUGAAAGAAAUACAUUGGAAUAUCUGGCAGUACAAUUAGCAAUGCGUAACCAUAGAACAAUUACUGUCAAACCAAUUCUAAUACCUGAGGAACCAAGAUUAAUUACGCCUAAAUUACAUUUCGUUCAUGAGAAAACAUUGAAAAAUCUUCUUCCGAGAGAAUUUUAUGAACCACUUGAACAAAUUGGUAAUAUGCCAUGGCAAGGAGAAUAUUCACUUGAAAGACAUUUGUUCCCUUAUUACGUUGCCCAUAAUCACUCAUGUUACAAGAUGAUCAACAGUGAUUUGAUGGAUAAUUUGAAAAAAGAAAAUAUCGAUGUUGCCAUUGUCUAUGUUGGAAACCCAUGCUUGCUUGGCAUCGUCUACACUUUAAAAAUUCCUUUCAUAUUUUUUGAUGUUGAAGGAUUCACUGAUGAAACUCGUAUAGCAUCAGGCGUUCCAUUGAUAACUGAUAUUCCUCCAUCAAACUGUCAUUUCCUAAAUUCAAAAUAUAUGUUUUUGCGGCGAGCUUAUAAUGCCAUAUGUGCUCUUCGCGAAGCAUUUGCUCAGAGCGGAUUUUCAUUAUUAGCGAAAAUCAUUUCCAACCGAUAUGCUUAUAUGGAUGGUCCAAUUACUGAUAUGUUCCGUAAUGAUUAUGAAAUACGAAAAAAAUAUGGUUCUUUUCCGGAUGUGAAUCAAAUUAAACAACAAGCAGAAAUAUACUUCAUAAAUACGGAUGUAUUAAUAGAAUACGAUUAUGCUCUACCAGUUAAUGUUAUUCCUGUUGGUGGUCUUCACAUCGAUAGUGCCAGGCCAUUGUUUUCGACGUGGAAUGAGAGUGCAAAUUUAGCCGAUGAUGGUAUUCUAGUUGUUUCACUCGGAACAAGAGCAAAUUCAUCGUCAAUGACGCAUGAGCAAGCAAAAUCAAUUUUUUCUGUCCUAAAACGACUAGAAACAUAUAGAAUAUUUUGGAGAAUUGGACCCACUCUACAUUUACCCGGAAUUGACCUAAAUUCUUUACCUCCUCAUAUAAAUGUUACAACUUUUAUGCCACAAAAUGAUCUUCUUGCACAUAAGCGUACUCGUUUGUUGAUUACAAAUGGUGGAAUGCACAGUAUAAUGGAAGCAAUUGUGCAUGGUGUACCAAUUGUUGGCAUUGCACUAUUCGGUACAGAUCGCUAUAAUCUCGCAAAAAUACAAAAUAAAAAUUUGGGCUUAUUUCUUGAAAUUACGCAACUAACCGAAAAUCGUUUAUAUCAACUGGUUAUAGAAGCUCUACAGAAUCCAAGGUUAGUCAAUUAA